AUGUCUUCAUCUCAUAUAAUCCCACUAUCGACACAUCUACAUUACCUCGCCCAAUGCCUUGAACUUGCAUCCCAAUCCCCUCCCAAACCAACUAACUUCCGCGUUGGUGCCAUCCUCCUCUUACGCCGCUAUCCCACCGGCGAUGAUACAGAGCUAAAAGAAAAGGUCCUCUCGACAGGGUAUACAUUAGAGCUUCGCGGAAACACCCACGCAGAACAGUGCUGCCUUGCAAAAUUUGCAUCCCAUUACGGCGUGCCUGAGGAUCAAGUUCGGGACGUUCUCGAACAAAAGCGGGCAGAGGAGAGUGGUGACGCGCAGAUAGAACUAUACGUUACCAUGGAGCCAUGCGGGAAGAGAUUAUCGGAUAACAAGCCAUGCGUGGAACGUAUAAUUGAGACCAAAGGCCAGAAAGAAGACGGGAAGGUCGGUGGGAGUGGUAUCGAUCGUGUGUAUUUCGGUGUCAAGGAGCCAGGGACGUUUGUUGGUCAAUCCCAGGGGUGUAAGAAACUUGACGAAGCGGGAGUUCAGUGGAAUCUCAUUGAAGGAAUGGAAGAUGACAUUUUAAAGGUUGCAACGGCCGGACAUGAGAAGAAAGCAAAAGGAGAGAAGGAAGGAACAAGAGUGAACGAAGCAGAUCAGACGGUCUUAGUUGAUAGAGCCGAAGAGGAGGCGCGCAGGGGUGAGGCGAUUCCAAGAAAUCCAAAAAAGAGAAUGAUGGAGGUCUAG